AUGGAAAGUGAUGCCAGGGAAAGAUUCUUAGCUGCUCACUCUGCAAAACUGAAGUUUUUGAAGCAAAAAGCCAAAUUACAUUGGAUGAAAGAUGGUGAUGUUAACUCCUCUUACUUUUAUGCUUGUAUUAGGAAAAGAAGAGUGCAUAAUAAUGUGUAUAGCAUUCAGCUUGAGAAUGGUGAUAUCAUUCAGGACCUUGAUAAAAUUGCUGAAGCUUUUAUUAGUUUCUAUAAAGAGUUGUUAGGUACUGGUGGGACCCCUUCUAGACAAGUCCAUCAAGCUGUUAUAGAUGUUGGUCCUAUUGUGAAUGAUGAGCAACAUCUGAGUAUCUGCAGAGUGUUUAUUGAGGAUGAUGUGAGAAAUGUUGUUUGGAAAAUUGAGGAUGACAAGGCUCCUGGCCCUGAUGGUUUUUCUAGAAAAUUCUUCAAGAAUGCUUGGGGAGUGGUGAAGAAUAAGAUCAUUUCUAAGACGCUAUGUGAAAGACUCAAAGAGGUGCUGCCUGGCUUAAUUAGUGAGAAUCAAAGUGCAUUUAUUGCUGGGAGAUCUAUUCUGGACAACAUUUUAGUGUGUCAGGAAAUGUUAAAAGAGUACAAUAACAAGAGAAAGUCUCCUAGAUGUACUAUAAAGGUGGAUUUGAGGAAAGCUUUAAACUUCCCCAGCAAGUUCAUAUCUUGGGUUAUGGAAUGUGUUACUUCCCCUUCUUUCUCUAUUAUGAUAAAUGGUGGUCUUAAUGGUUUUUUCAAGGGUAAGAAAGGAAUCAGGCAAGGUGAUCCUAUGUCACCAUUGGCUAAUGCUGACAAAUCUGCUAUCUACUUUGGGAGUGUGCAAUCUAAAAUGCAGCAGGAAAUUGUGUCUGAGUCUGGGUUUGUUAUAGGAGAAACUUCUUUUAGAUAUCUUGGCAUCCCCCUGAAUUCUAAAUACUUGAGAGUAUCUGACUUUGAUGCUAUAGUUGAUAAGAUGCUGACUAGAAUUACCUGCUGGUCUAGCAUAAAUCUGUCUUAUAUUGCAAGAGUUGUGCUGGUGAACUCUAUUCUGAUUAGUUUGCAUACUUAUUGGGCUCAGUGUGUGCUUUUACCUAAGUCAGUUGUCUUGAGGAUUACUCAGUUGUGCAGAGCUUUUCUUUGGUGUGGAGAUGUUGUUUUGUCUAAGGCUCCCCCAAUUUCCUGGGAUUGGGUCUGCAAAAGCAAAGCUGAGGGUGGCCUGGGUAUUAGAGAUUGUGGUAUGUGGAACAGGGCAGCAUUGGGGAAGUAUGUGUGGAAAAUAGCUAAAAAAGAGGACUCUCUGUGGGUAAAAUGGGUUCAUGCUUUGUACAUCAACAUUAAAGACCAAGAAUGGUGGAAUUAUAGUCCUAAAAGGUCUGCAGGAUGGGCUUGGAGGAGAUUAUAUGCAGUUAAGGACCAGCUAAAAGAAGGUUUUGAGAAAAAUAGCUGGAUGAAUGGCACUUAUAGAAUAUCUGAGUGCUACAAAUGGCUGCAGGGAGCUAAAACAAAGGUGGAUUGGUGUAAAUGGGUUUAA